AUGGUAUGGGUGCCUCCUCUUCCCAAAUGCUGGCGGGAUGGUCCCCAGCUACUGUCCAUCCAGCCUUGGCGGGCGUCUCCGCACGCCGACUCUUCAUAUUUCUGGGGCAAGACCAAAGCCGAGGUCUAUUCACAGCUCCUGGAACAGGCUGGAGGUCUACUCGACGGGCAACGCAAUUGGAUGAUACCCCCUUCAAGAACCCUUGACAGAACUGGAAUUGACCGUUGCUCCCCCCAUCCUCUGGAAUACUCUAGCAACCUGUCAAAUAUCUCCUCUCUUCUCUGGCACGCAUACGCUGCUCUCCCAUCACCCUCCUCGGCCGUCAACUGGACCGGAUUCUACAUUCGCGAUGACAAGUUCCCCGCCCUCGCCUCGCCCGUCUCCUCGCCUCCACUGCCCGGCGCACCAGGGUUCGGUGGUGUAACCAUCUCCACGACCUACGCUCACCCCGAAGAUCAAAUCUUACUGCUGGGCCCCUUCCACGGUAAGCCCGCGUGCCAGCAGAUCCGCUUCGGAAAGGGAGUCUGUGGUACCGCCGCCGCCAGCCAGAAGACAGUCGUUGUCCCCGACGUCACGAAAUUCCCGGGCCAUAUUGCCUGUGACGCCGAUAGUCGGAGUGAAAUUGUGGUGCCCAUCAUCAUCCGUGGAGAGACUGUCGCCAUUAUCGAUAUCGACUGCACGCUCCCCUCUGCCUUUGAUGAAGAAGAUCAGAAAUAUCUCGAGAAGCUCGCUGAACUUCUUGCCGAAAGCUGCGACUGGUAA